UAACUAGAUUUAUAAAAUAUAAUGAUAGUUUUUAAUAGAUGUUUAUGGUUUCUAUGAUUUGGUAAUUAGAAAAAAAUAAAAAAAAAUUGAAAGAAUACUGUAGGGAGAGCUAAGAAAAUAAAAAAAGGUAAAUGAAAAAGCUAUAUUCCAAAAAUAUUAAACGCCAAAUGUUUUUUAUAAUUUUUUUAGAAACUACAGUUUCUAAAGUCACAUUAUGAAUGACGGACUAAACUAGUACAAUUUUUUGUUGAGACAUAAAAUGAGUCGCUAAUUUAUAAACCGUAUUUUUUUUUUUAAUCAUACUAUGAUUAUAUAUUUUUCUAUAGAAGCAUAUUUUGGUUUUCAUUAAUUUGAUCCACCUGCAUCUCCAUGCUACACUUGAGAAGAUAUUUCUAUCUUCGCUGUAUCAUUCAACAUCGAGACGACCAAUCCUCAUUGCCAGGUGUAUAAUGAAUAAAUAUAUAUUGUUUAAAUGGGUUAAUCGAUCGAUUCGACGGACUUAGUUCUAAGACAGAUUCGGUUCAAGACGUACACAUAACCCUACAAUAUUUAAUAUGUUUCCCUUUAAGUUUAUUCCGAUGAUGAUGCUUAUGUUGACUGUCGAAUCCUUUGUCUUUGACUCUUGUGAGCGAACUAAUUUGACUAAACAAGAAUGUGUUGGAAAAGUUAUAUUAGAAACGCUUAAUGAAGCUAGUGAACAUCCAGAGAAUUUAUUCAAAUUCAAUGAUUUAGAAAAUGAAAGUGGUAUGAUACGUUUUGUCAAAUUAAAAUUUGACAAUAGUUCUGCUUAUAUUUCUCAAAAAUUUGAUAUAGACGAAUCACGAUCAUCAAAAAAUGUAGGUUUUUGGAGUCAAUUAGUGUCAGUGAUUGGUAAAAUGGGCAACUAUAGUGGUGAUCAUGGAAUUUUAGUACCUUUACCAAGAUGGUCAAAAGAUUUUCCACAAAUUUCUUUAGUAAAUGAAGACGAUGUGCUUCAAGUAGUAAACGAAAUGGUUUACCACAUUACAGGUCGUGGCGGUAAACACAAAAAAUUGGCAUUGCUGUUUCCAUUGUUGGCUACAUUCAAGUUCAUAUUUAUCAAAGCUUUGCUCGUACCUAUUCUGAUAGCCGUCAUGAUAAUUAAGAAAAUUAUGGUCCUUGGUAUUAUGUUAUUACCAGCCGCUUUAGCUAUGUUACGGUUCUGCCGUAACGGGCAAGGAUUGGGUAAUUUAGUGACAAAUGCAAUGGCAGCACCUGCCGCAGCUUUUGCACCUCUUCAAGCAGCUGAUAUGUCCGGUGACUACUCAAACUACGUGCAACAAGCAGCUGCAGCGAGCCAUCAUCAAGGCGGCUACAAAGAUUAUUCAAAAAAUUUGUUCGACGCCAUGAAAGGUGUAUACUAAGAACUUGGCAAAAUGAGAUCUUCAUAAUUUGAAAAAAAUGUUUUAUUUUAUUUAACUAUGAGUAAUUAAUCAAUUAUAUUUAUAAUUGGUUUUGGGAAAAAUAAAAAUGAUAACGGCUUUACCAUAUAUUGAUAUUUAUUCAUGAAACACGUGACGGCAUCAUUGUG